AUGACGACCCCGGAUCGCACAGGAAAACCAGAAGACCUUGGUCUAAUCGAAAUCUUCGGUCUUCCCCAAUCUACCUUCACCCGAUCCAUAACUCUCGCUCUCCACGAACUAAACAUUCACUUCAUCCCCAUUACCCGCACCCCCCAUUCCGACGACAUCAAGUCUCGCAACCCAUACGGCUUACUCCCCGUGCUAGUCCAUCGUCCGGAUGGGCUGUAUACCCAACCUAGCGACAUAGUCACUCUUUAUGAGAGUAAUGCGAUUCGCAGAUAUAUCGACGAGUAUCUCUCACCCCUCUCUUCCACUUCGGAAGAUAAAUACUUGACUCCUCCGCUAAGGUCUGCAGGAGGAGUAGUCGAUGCGAAAGCGGUGAUCCUCCGAUCUCGACUGGAUGGGUUUGUGUCGUCCUUUUCGCAAACUCUAUUCCCUGCAUUGCAGGGGGGAUUCAUCAAACCAGCAGCACAGAUGAAGAAAAAUGGUGCUGAUGAAGAAACCAUCAAAGUCGCUCUUGAACCAGGUCUCACUCGGAUCCACACGCUGUUGGAGAUCGUGGAGAAUCAGGCGAAAUCGCAUAACAAGCACCAAGGAGGUUGGAUUUUGGGGGGUGGAGAGGUAGGUUGGGCUGAUUUGUUCUUGUUUCCGAUUCUGGAUGAUUUAAGAGCAAGUCCUGCGGGGGAUCUGGUCAAAGAGGAUGGAGCAAGAUUUAGUUGGUUAGCGGGGUGGAUGGAAAGAAUGGAUGCGAGGAAGAGCGUUAAGGCUACCCAUCAGGGGUCUCUUGCCAGUCAGGUUGGCAAGAGUAAGUGA